GUAUACAAGACAAGACUAUAUUACAGUAACACGUACACCUUUUUUACAGGUACUGAUGGUUUAACCCAUCAAAGGAUCUAUUGGGAGGAUCUGUAAUGAGCAGUCAACUAGAAAUAACUCCACUGGACUGCAGUCAGGAUCAUUCACACCAAGUCACCAUUAAAGAUACAGGGAAAGUACUAAACGUUCAGAGGUGCCUCUUCUACUAAAGAGCAGGAAGAUGGAAUUCUCUGCAAUCCUCGCUCUGUUGGUCACUCUCCUCAUCACCCUCCACUUUAUCAUAUCAUGGUGGAGACAGCACAGACGGUACAAGUCACUGCCCCCCGGACCCACCCCGCUGCCCUUCCUGGGAACCCCGAAGUAUAUGGAUUUCCGAUAUACCGUUAUAAAUCUCACAAAGCUAAGCCAAAAGUAUGGCUCGAUGUUUACCAUCUGGAAAUUGACGGAGCCGGUUGUGGUCCUCUGCGGUUAUGAGGCGGUGAGGGACGCCCUGCUGAACCACGCCGAGGUGUUCAGUGCCCGGCCAAUUAUACCAACACUACAAACACCCAACAAAGGAUACGGUAUUAGUGGCCAGCGAUGGCGUCCAUUGCGGCGCUUCACCAUCGCCUCUCUAAGAAACGUUGGGAUGGGGAAGAAGACCAUAGAAUCCCGCGUGCAAGAGGAGACAGUUUAUCUAAAUCAGGCAGCUGCCGAGACUGAAGGAAAACCAUUCAAUCCUCUACUGAUCAUGGCCAGCGCUGUUGGGAAUAUUAUCAGCUCAGUGUUGUUUGGAGAACAUUUUGAAUACAAAGACCCAAAGUUACAUGAACUGAUGUCUUACACCUCCCGACACGUUAAGAAUCUUACAUCCGCAUUGCACAUGCUUUGCAACGUAUUCCCGUUCCUGCUCAAGCUGCCAUUAUUACCAAAGAUUGCUUUUAAGGAAAACUCCUACCUAGAGAACUUUGUGCGAGUUUACAUCAAUGAGCACAAACGCACACUGAAUCCUGAGGCCCCCCGAGAUUUGAUUGAUUAUUUCCUGCUGAAGAUAAAAGAGGUGGAGCAUGAGAAGGACCCAGAUUUCUGUGAUUACAGCAUGAUGGCGGCGACAGUGGGUUUGUUAGCAGCAGGUUCUGAGACCACUGCUAACACUCUGAAAUUCUGCCUAAUCCUCUUGGCUCACUAUCCCGAUGUCCAAGCAAAGGUUCAACAAGAAAUUGAUGAGGUGACGCAGUCAUUGCAUCUACCUAGGCUUGAAAACAGACCUCAACUGCCAUACACCAACGCCGUCAUCCAUGAAAUGCAGAGAGUUCUAGAUUUGGCACCAGUUCCUCUUUUUCACGCCGUGGCAAAAGACAUCGAGUUCCGUGGAUACACCCUCCCGAAGGGUACCAUCAUCCUUCCAUUCUUGACAUCUGUGCUUAAUGACCCUUCUCAAUGGGAGACACCAGAACAGUUCAACCCCGGGCACUUCCUGGAUGAGCAGGGUCAGUUCCGCAAUCGGGUGGCCUUCAUGCCAUUCUCAGCAGGAAAGCGUAUUUGUGCCGGAGAGAAUUUGGCCCGAAUGGAGCUCUUCCUACUCCUCUCAGCUAUGCUACAGAAAUUCACCUUGAAGCUGCCCCCGGGAACUGAGCGUCGGGACGCCAAAUGGUUGAAUGCUAAUAAACAUGACAUUAUUUCUGAUGCUCAGCUGUGUGCUGUGCCCCGAGCAUUACCCACUAAGUAACUUGUUAUGAAAAGAGCAUCUUAUGGUUUCUUUGUGGCGGACUUCAAUACACAAGUAUAAUAAUAUAAACACACAAUUAAAACUUUAACAUGUUUUGUUAUACUCUGUCUAAAAAGUUUAGUUAAUAACAAUAUCAAUGAAUUUUGUUGGGUCCCACUCACAUACAAAUAGUUACAUACAUACAAAACACAUAUGAAGUGCUGUCAUUAACAAUUAGUAAUGGUACAUAUGUGGGAUAUUGGUAUUGCGCAGGUGAAAACAAUAAACAUAAGUGACCAAAAAG